AUGGGAAUGGGUGACACUUGGAUAAAUUCGCAGACAGCUAUCUCCAAGCAUGCGUAUUUUGAUCUAACUGGUGUUUCCCCAUUGGUCUUCUUGUAUCUCCUCAAAGGAUGUUAUGCAUAUGGUACAUGUAAAGCAACAAUGAAGUUUCGUGCAUUACAACAACAACUGUAUCUUGUUUUUCUCAACAAUCCCCAAGUUGGGCCCUCAACUCUAAUUGCUAACUGCCUCCACGUGCUGCCCAUAUUUGAAACAUACUGUGAUGGUUUCAGUCAUUUGGUACUAUCUGCCCUUGCCCGUUACCUGAAAAUUAGGAAAAAUGACAAGGAUACAGUCAACGCGAAAAUUCGUGCAGCCAGAUUAUUUUUGGACAUCAUUGGUGGUACUCUAGCGCACGAAGAAGGGAUUCUAAUUAAAAUCGUUAAAGUUUUUGGCGUGAGUUUAACGGAUAUCGAUAAGCUGAAUUGUGAUGACGCAGCAAAAGACGUUGUUGAACAGUAUGCUUUAAAGCUGAUCGAAUCUGAGUCGUAUAUGACUGCUGUUGACCUUUUGAUACACUUCUCCAUCUUCCAGUUGGGUGAGUCGUUUUUGCUGAAACUGAUUGAGCUCCGUCAGUUGAAAGCAGCGGAGAAGUGGGCGGCAUUUUUGGGGAAGCCGAUGUUGUGUCUUCUCGUGCAGGAAUAUGUUGACCAGAAACAGUUGAAAUCUGCUUAUGAUGUUAUAAAGAAAAAUAAUUUGCGUCAGGAGUUUCCGGAGCUCUAUCAUCAGAGUAAAGAAAGCUCACUGAAGAAGCUUGCGGAAAAAGGGGUCUGGGAGAUAGCAGAAGCAAGGGCCAAUGGUGAUAGACAACUUCUUGAAUAUUUGGUAUAUUUGGCAAUGGAAGCUGGCUAUUUUGAAAAGGUUGAAGAGCUUUGUGAUCGCUAUUCUCUAAAAGGUUUUAUGAACUUCAGAGAGUCCGAACCAGACCUGCACCGUCGCUAUUUGAACCUUCAUGAAUUAAAUAUUGAGGAUGUUUGUUGGGUUGAUGAGGUCAAUAGUUUGCGUGAUGCAAUAAGCUACUUUGAGGAAUGUAAAGUUGUUGGUUUUGACUGUGAGUGGAAACCUAACUUUGUAAAGGGCAGCAAACCUAGUAAGGUUUCUAUAAUGCAAAUUGCCUCUGAGAAGAAGGUUUAUAUAUUAGACCUUAUCAAGCUCUCUAAAGAUGUUCCAAGUGUUCUUGACGAAUGCCUUUCCCGCCUGUUGCACUCUCCAAGUAUUCUAAAACUUGGCUACAAUUUUCAAUGCGACAUACACCAGCUUUCACAUUCUUAUGGAGAAUUGAAUUGUUUUAAGCACUUUGAGAUGCUGCUUGAUAUCCAGAAUGUGUUCAAGGAACCAAGUGGUGGUCUUUCUGGAUUAACAGAGACGAAACAGCAAUUGGGAGCAACGGCCUUUAACACAUUACCAGCUCGAAUAUGCUGCUCUCGAUGCUGCGGUUCUCCUUCACAUAUUUCGGCAUGUGGGAAAACAGUCCCAAUCCACGGCUGCUUCAGACGAACAUAA